AUGACAUCCGUUGAUGAGACCGAUGUGCAGGCAGAGGCUUUCCAGCUUCUCAAGUCGGCUCUUGCUGCCGCGUCUGGAGAGAAUGUCUAUCAGGUGGUCUUUGAGCAAUUUUCCCAGGAGGCGGCCCACAUUGAGGAGGAGAUUUCCCGAUGCGUAAAUGCCCAAGUUACAAAGGCAUCUUCAUUCAUAGACCUUCUGGUGCGGGCACAGGAAACAGUUGAGACAGCCCAGAACGAUGCGUCUAAACUUACCAGUUACGGCGAGACGGAAGAGGAUUUUCCUCCAGAUGUCAGCAUAUUGAUGCAGCAUGUUGGUCACGGGCUGUCCAACGCCCUUGCAACCCAGGAGCUUUAUGAAAAGGUCGUCUCGGUCCCAGCCCGGGCAGCAGUCGUUGCUGGCAAAUGGGCUCGAAGAGAAACGGCCCCUGUCUCUGUUUUUGAGCUCCAGAAGGAAAUUCUUGCCAUCUUAAAGAAUAGAGAUGAUGUGCGUAAGCUUCCAAAGCAGUAUGUAAGCUCACUUACCCACUCAUCAAGUCUCAAGACAGUCCAGCUCGACAAGUUGUCUGCAGAACUCACGUCAAUAGCAACGUCUUUUGACAAUACGUUUUUCAAGAGUGCGCUGGAUCUGUCCCGGGAGUUGUCCUCCUAUAUCACAGAUAAAAUGCCAGCACAGCUCUUUGAUUCAAAAACGAUAGCCAGGCGUGAUAUAGGAGAGAUUGUGGAGCAACUUAUUCUAAACCUUUCUGCGCAGGAAACUCUGGAGGAGAGAGGAGCUGCGAAAGCGUGGAUUGCGAUCGUCAAUACCGUGUACAACACAGUUAUCCCUGACCGCUACGAGCAGCAAAGUACGCGUGUGCGGCCUCACACAUUCUCGAGCAGGAUGGGUAAGCACUCUGAGAGGUCAGCUAUGUCAACGAUGAAGAAUGAUUCAGAUGGCGCAAAAGACUCAGACCUCCAGACCUUUCUGGACACCCUCCUAUCAAUCAUACAGGAGGAUCUAGAUCACAUAAAAAUGCACAUUGAACCCCCGUUUAGAAAGCCUGCAGCUACUGUCAUUGUAGAAGCAUAUUAUAAAGGGCUCGGCACUCAGGAAACUCGAGUCGCACUCGCAUCACCUCUUUCCCCAAAUAGCUCGCACAUUCCAGUUGCUAGUAUCUUCAAUCUUCCGCUUGUUUACGUCUCUGCUAUACACAAUCACGUUCAGGGGGUCCUUAGAAACAUUUCAGAGACGGUAGCUCUAACACAAGAGGUGCUACACUCCCUUAUUGCGUUUGCUUCAUCUUACACCACAGAGUUAGACACUCGUGGAUUUAAUUGGGCUGUUUGCCGCUUUCCUGAUGCGGUUUAUUUCCAAAAUAUCGCCAGGGGUACAGCCCACGCAGGAGUGUCACCACACUAUCGCUCUUGGCACUCUAGCCUCACUUCUGUUUUUGAAGAUGGCAUGGCUGAGGAUUCCAGGGCAAAGGGAUCGAGCUAUGCUAUGGUGCGAACAGACGGGAAGUUCUUUGAUCUAGCUCCAUUCUCGGCCCAGGCUUCAUCCCACCCCUGUAUAUUUACAAUCCACGAUUGUGUACUCAGCCUUGCUGAGACAGCUUGGAGUGGCAUGAGCUCCACGGACAGGGCAAUUACAAUAGAUAUGGUUCUAAGUUCUCUUACAGGCUCCAAGGACUCAGCAAUGAAAUCACAACUCAAAGCUACAAUGGUGGAGCAGAAGGCAAAGGAUCUGUUCUUUGUCAAUGCAUACUCGCUGGAGGCACCCAUGCAAUCUGUCGUUUCUCAAUACAAGAGGGAUGUUUUGCGGAAGUUUUGCGAGGCAUGCUAUAAGAUUCAACUUACCUAUGUACGGGAUCUGGAUACGUCCAGACCAACCUCUGAGGGGACCAUUAUGACUGGAGUUAUAAGUACAAUCUUUGCAAUUUUCCUUGAACAGCUUCGCACCAUUGAUCUAACUGCAGACUUGGGGAAGUGCAUCUUUCUUGAAACCUAUAACGCCGCCUGUACUGCAAUAAAGAAUUUUGUGUACGACAUUCUUGGCAAUAUCUCUGGCAUUGAUCCGCCCAUGAACAUCCAGUAUCUUUGCAAAAUAGUUGAUGGUGCACACAGUUUUAAUAACCUCUUAGCUAGCGACGCUUUUUGGAGCAUUAAAAGAGAGGGUCUUAAUUCGGAUGAUUUUCAGUUCCUUUCUGAAACACUCGGGUCUUCCUCCUUGAUAUCCCCUCAAGCUCUUGCUUCAGAACUGACAAGCAAAGCCGAGCCUCUUUAUCGAGCGAGCGAUACUAAGUUUGGGGGGAUAUUCGGCAUCCGACGGAGGCCACGCCAAAUGGCCACUGAUACCAGUAGCGUUAUGGCUGCCAGUGCACACAGUAGGAACUCAAGUUGUCUUACCGGACUAAACCUACAAGAGACGCUUGCAUCUCAGGGUGUAGCAGGCCAAUCAAACGUUGCUAACUCUGAUGCCUCCUCCACCUGUGGGUGCCCAGUCGCGGAGUCGCUCUGGUCAGGUGAAAAGCUCGAAACGCGUCACUAUAUUGCAUUGGCAAAUGAUAUAGAUUUAAUACCAAACUCACUUGAAAAGCUUACAGACUUUGUGAAGAGUGCCCUGAAAUCAGAGUCUUUUGCACGUUCUGUAAUUGAAGCACAAGUGAGCUCGGUCAAGGAGGUUGUUAGUGAGGCCCUCAAUGUAGUUGCAUCUAAGCUAGUCUAUGUGAUUCUGAGUACGUUUCGAGACAGCCACAUAGGAAGACUGUUUACUGCUACACACGAUCAAUCGCUGAUUAAUGACUUGACUCUCGACCUUAGAAACACAUUUGAAAGAGUCGCAAGCACCUUAUCGGAUACCCUUCAAUACCUGGUUCAAAUAGAGCUAUCAAAUCUUUUCCCCGCUGCAUACUUCUGUGCUCUUUUUUGGCGCUACUAUGAAAACUUGAAGGGUAACAAAGACAAGUCUUUCUCUAACACUACUUUCUCCAACAUAUAUGAGUCAGAUGUCGAAUAUAUUUGCAGAAUGUUACAGGACAUUGGUGUAGCCAAUAGAAUUGUUGAUAACAGAAGGAACCUAAUGAAGGCGUUCGAGACUGGGUUGAAGACUGUCAAUAUCUCAACAGAAGAUCUUACUGCCAUAUCUAGCCAUAUAUCUGGCGCCUCGAUAGCGACAUACCUUCUCAUGCAUCCAAAGAUUCAAAGCGACGACUUUGUUAGACGGCUCUCUUCUGUCCCAUAUCAUGAGUCAGACUUUUACCGAGCGUCGUUUCUAGACCGGGCACUGUAUAGAGGUCACGUAUAUAGUUACGAUGCCAACUGCAAAGAGGUUAGGAACUCUGUCUAA